AUGGCAAAGUCAGAGCAGACGGUAUGCAAGCCAAUGGGUGGGAAGAUGCCCUGCAAGCAGCUGGCCACCAAGGUGGCCUGCAAGAGUACUCCAGCCAUGGGCAGCAUGAAGAAGCCGCAGUGCUACCGGUCCCACACCAUGAUGCUGCUUGAGAUCCGCCGCUACCGGAAGUCCACUGAGCUGCUUAUCUGCAAGCUGCCCUUCCAGCAACUGGUGAGAGAGAUCGCGCAGGAAUUCAAGACCAACCUGCGCUCUCAGAGCUUGGCUGUCAUGGAGCGGCAGGAGGCGUGCAAGGCCUACCUGGUGGGGUUCUUCGAGGACACCAACCUUUGCACCAUCCACGCCAAGCCUGUCACCAUUAUGCCCAAGGACAUCCAGCUGGCGUGCCACAUCCGCGGAGAGAGGGCAUGA